AUGCCGCACAGUGUAGCUGUCUUCGCUGCUCUUUCAGGCCUGGGGGCAUCGGCCACCCACGCAUCUUCAGCGGGCGAUGUAGCAGACCUUUUCCAGGGUGGCUGGUCCACAACGACGCUGCCUUCCUUGCCGACCUUUGUUGUAGCUGUGGGUAAAACUGCCAGUGGAGCAUUCCACCAUGGGCUGACGUUUCUGAGCCAAACCACAGGUGGGAUGAGGAGCGCAGCUGCAGCUGCCCCUUCGUCUUUUUCGUCCCUCUUUUGUACAGGGGCUGUUCCCAUUUAUUCUGGGGGGUCGUCUGUGACCUCAGCUGGCGCAGGCGGCACGGGUGUUGGAAGCCACGCGAUCGCUUCUAAAUUUCUUGGUUUGUCAUCUAAUCAUGCUGAGGACGGCGCUGGUGCCGCGGUGUCUGCAAUGGGUUCUCCAGACCCGUUCGGGCUAUUCUGCACGGUAAAAACGGCAUCUUCAACAGGCGUAGGAGGUGCAUCAACAAAAGCGGUAUUUGCCAAAACAGCAGGUGGGAAGGUAACUCACUUUUUCGCAUCCAACGGGCAGAGGGCCAGCACCCACUCUCAAGCCGCACACUCCAGCACAUCCACGGUAGGAGAUCUCUCUACAGGAGCGGCUGCUGGAGCUGCAGGACUUUUACCUGGCCCGGGCAGCGGUGCUGCUGCCACGCAGCAGCUUCCAGUCGCUUCUGGAGGGGUCUCAACAGACGCCCCGGCCGCGAACUUCCUGCAGCUUUUUCAAGCAGACCACACGGGGCCUGCAGCGGGAGGCGCUGCUGUGGCUGCAUCAAAAACCACGUUAUUUACCCAUUCCUCGGCUCACACAAAGCAAACCAUUCUGACAAAAGCCGCGGCGCACGGGGGGAAGAAAGCGUUCGGCAAGCAUACUUCCCUUUUCGGGAAAAAGAAGAAAGGAGGCUUUGGCAAGUCCAGUGCGAGCGAGAAGCGCGUAGCGAAAGCUGCAGCCAAGAGGCAAAGACAAGAAGAGGCCGCAGCUAGGAAGGAGCAGAAGCACAUUCAGGCGCAACAGCGGAAAGCUGAGAAGCAACAACGAAAAGAGCAAGAGGCUGCUAGGAAACGGGAACGACAGAUUGAGAAGGAGAAUGAAAAGUCACGCGAGAGAGAGCAACGGCGCCUGGAGAAACAGGAGAAAGCGAGGUACCGUGAAGACAAAGAGCGACUACGGGAAGAGCAGCGUCGCUACCGGAAGCUGAGGAAAGAAGAAGAAACAUUAGAGAAGGAAAGGGAGAAGUACGGCGAAAGAGAAGGGCGAGCCCGGGUGGAAACUGGGUACCGUUCCGGUGUGUAUCGCCGCCCUUCUUAUGAGCAUCCUUCAUCCUCUUAUGGCCAGCGCGGAUACGGAGCUCCCUACCACCGCAGCUAUAGCCCGGUUGACUACCGCGGGACGUACGACCGAGGAUACAACUCAGGCAGGUAUACCUCUCCUUACCAACGUGGUUACGGAGCAAGUGGCUACGGUGCUGCAUAUGAUCGACCGAGCGGCUAUUCUGUUCCAUCCUAUGGAAGUGGUUAUGCGCCAGGCGGCGGCGCACGAUCUUACGCUGCGGGUCCGUCUUAUGGGGCUCCUCCGCAUGGUGUGACCUCCAUCGCUCCUGGAACUCCCGCUGUCACAGCUCACGGCGGCUACGGUAUGACAGGCACAGCCCCUCCUGGCGUAGUAGCCCACGCUCCCGCAGGAGCUGAACCAGGAGGAACAGUGCAGUACGUCUAUUCAAAACCAGGCGAAGUUGCUAGCGGCACGAAGUCUGUCCGCGUGAUCCAAGAUAUAGCGGAGACGAAAAACGGGAUCACCACCCACCAUGUCACAGAAACCGUUUCCACGUCGAAGGCGAAUGUACCCUCUCACCUUGUGCCCCCUGUGGCAGUGGGGGGACCUGUGGAAGGGCCGGACUACAUCGGAGGGGAUGACUAUAACGAUGGCGGUGACGUGAGCCCAAUUGAGGAAGCCGAAGAAUUUUCGAAUAUUAGGGAGAUCCAACUCCAAGUGACGACACUGUUGUUCGGGUUGUGGAGACAGCGAGGAGACACGAAUGAAGACGACGUGAGAGGAAGGCGUAAAAAACAGGGAAAGGACCCCACGUCGUGGAGUUCUAAAAAACUCCAGCGGCGACGGGAACGAAGGGCACGAUUUAAGUGCCUGAGAGAGUUGCGCGUUUGUCCCUCUGAAAUAGUGAUAAAGGAAGAACGCUGGUCAGUGCCUAUACUAGAAACUUUCAACGGUGGAAACUCUGACAGAAGAGGGGCGAAGGUGUCUUUUCACCGCCAAACAGAGCCACUCCGGACAACGCCAGGCAUAAAUUCUGACGAAUCACAGGUCUGGGAGACGUCAGAGGAGGGGAGCUGCGUGGUCGACGAUGGUAACCUUAUGCUGUUGAUGGGAAGAAGUGAUGCGGACACACAGAAAGCAUUUUCGAUCGAGUACGGAUGGGAGGUACUGUCGACCGCUUGGAGGGAGGAUAACGCCGAGUUGAGCGGCUACGACGGAGAAGAGGACUCAAGUGGCGCUGAAGGAAUGGAAAUAGAGAAGAGAAAUGGACCGCUUUCCUCAGGUGAAGGGGAUGGUAGAGAGAGGCAGCCAAAGUGGGGAUCGAAUAGAGCCUACCAAGAAGAUUGCCAAAGCUCUGUAGAGCGGCAAGAUCAACACGCGGGAAGAAACGAGGGCGGCGAGACAAAUCACAACAGGAAGUCGUGGCCUCCCAGAACAAUGAAGCACUUCCGAGAUGACCGUGCCUCUCUCUCUUUCUGUUGCCGCCGGGUUCAACUUUCCCUUCUCCCUCUUCGCCAGCUUAUGUACCAUGAUUUCCUCGCAUAA